GUGACAACUCUAUAGUAGUAUAUAGCAAGCAGUCAGGCAUGAGCGCCUGUUUAGUCCCUUUGCACCACUUCCAGGUCGUGGCUCACAAUAAAGAUGGAUGGUUCCUGCUGGGAAGCUCAGCUUUGACGGGAAAGAUAUGGGACGGGAGGCUAAGCGUGUUCUCUGACUAUGACGACUACCUCCAGUGCCCCAACCUGGAAAUGAUCAGCUGUGACACUCAGUCUGGAGUCAACGAUGCUCUCUGGCUAUCGGAUGAAGGGUGCCUGGUCGCAGGCACCGACAGUGGCUGUCUGAAGGUCUAUCGAUUGAAACAGAAGACAGUCGACGAUGCAGAGACCCACGUCCAGGCUCACGAUGAUGUCAUUGUGGGCGUGGCACUGCUGGCCGGUGGGAAUGAGACAAUUGUCUCAGUUGGUCUGGACUCAAAGGUUGUCAUAUCCAGUAUAAGGCAAGAGAGAGUUCUCCAUACAUACAGAGGUCACAGUGAUGCUGUGCUAGCAGUGGUUUCUCAUCCAACGUCUGAAUCCAUCUUCAUCACUUCUUCCAGGGACGGAUGUAUUCGUCUGUGGGACACCAGGAAACCUCGGCCAGCCUCCAAUCUUGAAAGUCAUGUCGGCAUGUGUACCUCUCUGGCUUGGUCUUCUUCUAAUAAGGACAAAAUUGCAACUGGUUGUCAAAACGGUAGAGUGUGUAUCACAGACUGGAGGAAAUGGUCUGAGAAUCAAAGCUGCUUGCAAAAGUUCCAACUUCACAAAAGAGACGUAACCAAACUUGCUUUUGCUCCGUGGAAUUGUAAUGUGGUUGCCAGUGCUUCUGAAGACACUUCUGUGAAAGUCUUUUCCGUCACUACUGAAUCCACCAUCUACAGCAGUUCUCAACAUACUGACUAUGUGUACGGAAUAUCGUGGCAUCCUUCCAAACCUUGUCUCCUCUCCUGUGGCUGGGACAGUCAGCUACUUCUUCAUCACGUGACCACUGACAAACCUUCUGCUGGUAUAGUUGCAGCGUUUUAGUGUUCCGUAUAAUAGCAGGAACUAGUAGUUUCAAAGCAAACUGCACCAUAAUAAUAAUUAUAUCUUUGCUGGACAGGGACAUUAAACAAGCAAUCCCAAUAACGUGAUAUUUUUGUUUGCUAUUAUUAAGUUGUAAGCUAAUUUUUCUAUGUUUCUUUCCAGGGACUACUGUGUCUAUGGAAACAAGUGAAAAUUGUGCUGUUUUUAAGGAUCAUGAGCAAUGAACUAUAGCACCUAUGUAACCCUCGGCGCGCAUGCGCAGUGCAGUAGUUGGUGUCCAUGUUUCGACGCUGA